AUGUUAUCGUCACAAGUCGAAGCGGGGACGGCAAAGGACAUGACGCGGCUAGAAGGUGUGGAAGUUGGCGAGAUGGAUGACUUGGAGGCUGAGGAGCUCUUCUAUAGGUACUCCCGGCUAGAACGCAACGAUAAAGGUAUCGAAGUUGAGAUCAAGGGUAUUGUUAGGGAGCUGGGGCUCCUGGCAUUGGCUAUCAGUCUUGCGGCCACGUACGUAUGGAGAACUCCGCGCUUGCAGUCCAACAUCAAAGGAUACCUGCCUGAUUACCGACGGCGCCGGAAUGAACUUCUUAGCCGCAAACCGGAGAGCCUUAUCUAUCAAUAUAGCGAAAGUGUUCUUGCCACGUGGGAGACGUCAUACCACGCUAUUGACGAUCAGUGUCGGGAGGCAGCGGCUCUCAUGACCAUACUACCAUUCUUGAGCUUCGACGAUAUUUUUCUGGAACUCCUGGGCGUCAAUAUACAGCCAGAAAGCAGUGGAUCGACAGAUGAUGUUAUUAGCACGACUUGGAGAUCCAUAAUAUCGCUAAAGAAGACCUUGAAUCUUUCCAAGGUAGAAGAGUGCUUUGAGGUGUUACAGAGAUACUCAAUGGUGCAGUGGAAGAAAGAUUAG